AGAUAAAAAAAAAUGCUCCGCUCAGCUCCAGUGGCUCCUCUCCUCGUCCCGCUCCCCUCUCCCUUGGCUCUUCCCCUUCCUCUCUCCCCACCACCUCCUAACCCUAACCCUAACCCUAACACUAACACUUACCCUUCGCACCGCCGCAUUCGUCGCCGUCGCCUCCUCCUCCUCUCCGUCCCCCUCCUCGUCGUCUCGGCCCCUCCCCCUCCCCACUCCUCCGCGCGUGGCCUCCUCCGCAUGCCCCCCGCGCGCCUCGCCAAUCGCUACUUCCUCGUCCGCGCCGGCGAGUCCGCGUACGAGCGCGCCGGCGUCGUCCGCACCAACCCCGUCGCCAAGACCUCCGUCGACAGCGGCCUCGCCGCGCCCGAGGGCCUGCGCCAGGCCGCGCGCGCCGCGCUCGAGCUCAAGCGCCUCGGCGCCUGCGAGGACGCGUGCUGGAUCUGGCCCUCCAUCACCCAGCGUUCCUACCAGGCCGCCGAGAUCAUCGCGUCCGCCAACGGCGUCGAUCGCAGCCACAUUGUUCCCGAGUAUAGCUUCUUGGACGCGCGGGGCUUGGGGGCUUUCGAGGGGAGGAGCUUAGAGUCGAUUUCGGAGGUGUAUGCAUCAGAUAAUAUUUCUCCAAACAUCAAGCCCCCGCCUAUCAGUGAUGGAACACCAAAUGAGAGUGUGGCGGAUGUGUUUGUGCGGGUUACACAACUUAUGUCCAUAUUAGAGACCCAGUAUUCUGGAGAUACAGUGAUAAUUGUUUCACCGGAUUCAGACAAUCUGUCAGUUCUACAAGCUGGCUUGAUAGGUCUAGACCUUCGCAGGCAUAGUGAGUUAUUCUUUAGCCCCGGUGAGGUCAGGCUUGUUGAUCCGGAUAGCAUUCCCGAUUACAAGCAACCAGCUUCUGCUGUUUACAAGUGUACAAACCCUCCUAGUUGUAAAUGAUCUUUUCUAGCCAGUCUGAUAAAACAAAAAUCCCAAUACAUGUAUUUUUUAAUUGUUACUUACAAACCCUAUUGUAUAGCAUGUCCUUACUCUGGUUAUUUGGGGCUCAUUACUGCUACUUAGAGUUACAAAUAUAAAUGAUAAAGAAAUUACAUUUAGUUGCUGAUCUUCUUUCAA